GUGAGUGUUGGAGGUAAACGUCCCUCCUGCUGGCAUCAGGUCAUGCUCAGUAGGCGGGGUGGAAGCUCUUUACCCUCCUGACUCUCUGCUGCUUCGUCCAUUCUGCCUCAUGUCAGUUCUGUUCCUACUGAGUUCAGGACCUACAAGUGCAUACCCUACAGUUCUAAAAGAUUUUCUCUGAAAACUACAGAGGAGUGGCUAUUUUCCAUUUGUUUCUACUGCACUUCAAGAAAUAACAAUAUGCCAUUGUCACGUUCCCUGUCCAUUACAUCCCUGAGUGGGCUGUUUCCAGCCUGGGAGGACGAUGAGCUGCCUGUGGAAGACCUGAUGCUUUUUGAAGUGGCAUGGGAGGUCACCAACAAAGUUGGAGGAAUUUACACUGUCAUCCAGUCUAAAGCUAAGGUCACAGUGGAUGAAUGGGGAGAGAACUAUUACAUGAUGGGACCGUACUUUGAACACAACUUCAAGACACAAGUGGAAGGCUGUGUACCACCCAACCCAGUGAUCCAGAAGGCAAUGGAUGCUCUUAUCAACAAUGGUUGCCAGGUUCAUUUUGGUCGCUGGCUGAUUGAGGGCAGCCCUUAUGUUAUCCUGUUUGACAUCGGCUCAGCAGCCUGGAACCUGGACCGAUGGAAGGGGGACCUGUGGGAGACCUGCCACAUCGGUCUGCCGUAUCACGAUCGGGAGGCUAAUGACUCUCUCAUUCUGGGCUCCUUGAUUGCCUGGUUCUUUAAAGAGCUAACAGAUCACCUUGGAGACAAACCCAAUGUCAUCAGUCACUUCCAUGAAUGGCAGGCAGGGCCUGGGCUUAUUCUCUCUCGCUCCCGAAACAUUCCUAUGGCAACGGUUUUUACUACCCAUGCCACACUGCUCGGAAGAUAUCUUUGUGCUGGGAAUGUUGACUUUUACAACAACUUGGAUAAGUUCAAUAUUGACAAGGAGGCAGGAGAGAGACAGAUCUACCAUCGGUACUGCAUGGAGCGAGCAGCGGUGCACUGCGCUCACGUCUUCACCACAGUGUCCCAGAUCACAGCAGUGGAGGCCAAACACAUGCUGCACAGGAAGCCAGAUGUGGUGACCCCAAAUGGGCUGAAUGUGAAAAAAUUCUCAGCCAUGCAUGAGUUUCAGAACUUGCACUCCACUAACAAGACCCGCAUCCAGGAGUUUGUCAGAGGACACUUUUAUGGGCAUCUUGACUUCAACUUGGACAGAACCCUGUUCUUUUUCAUUGCUGGGAGAUAUGAAUUCUCCAACAAGGGAGCUGACAUUUUUCUUGAAUCGCUAUCUAGACUCAACUACUUGCUGCGGGUCCACAGAAAUGACCUGACUGUGGUGGUUUUCUUCAUAAUGCCAGCCAAAACCAACAACUUCAAUGUGGAGUCUCUGAAGGGUCAGGCCGUGCGCAAACAGCUCUGGGACACGGCUCACACUGUGAAGGAGAAAUUUGGUAAAAAGCUUUAUGAAUCUUUGUUGACAGGAAACAUCCCAGACAUGAACACCAUUCUGGACAGAGAUGACUUGACGAUUAUGAAGAGAGCUAUUUAUGCUACACAGAGACACAGUCUUCCUCCAGUGACCACUCACAAUAUGCUGGACGACUCUGAAGAUCCAAUACUGUUCAACGUCAGACGCAUUGGUCUCUUCAAUUCCAGAAACGACCGCGUCAAGAUCAUCUUCCACCCUGAGUUCUUGUCCUCCACCAGUCCUCUGCUGCCCAUGGAUUAUGAGGACUUUGUCCGAGGCUGUAACCUUGGAGUUUUCCCUUCCUACUAUGAGCCGUGGGGAUACACACCAGGUGAGUGUACUGUGAUGGGCAUACCAAGUGUCACCACCAAUCUGUCAGGGUUUGGCUGUUUCAUGGAGGAGCAUGUCUCAGACCCUGCUGCCUAUGGUAUCUACAUCGUGGACCGUCGGUUCAAAUCUGCUGAGGAGUCCUGCAAUCAGCUGACCCAGUUCAUGUUCAGUUUCUGCCAGCAGUCUCGACGUCAACGCAUCAUCCAGAGGAACCGAACCGAGAGGCUGUCAGACCUGCUGGACUGGAGAUACUUAGGAAGGUUCUACACACACGCCCGUCAUCUGGCACUUAGCAGAAGUUUCCCAGACAAAUACAAGAUGGACAACAAAGGCCCUCUAAAGACUGAGGGUUUCCGUUAUCCUCGGCCAGCUUCAGUGCCUCCGUCUCCCUCUGCCUCCCUCCAUUCCACCCCACACCACAGUGAUGAGGAGGAUGAUGAUGAUGAGCCAUACAAUGAAGAAGAGGAGGCAGAGAGGGACCGGUUGAACAUCAAGGCUCCUUUUAUGCUGGGAUCAGUGCCAGAAGGCAAGAAAAAGCAGCCAGGAGAGUCAGGGAAUUAAAAUAAAUAAUUUAAGUUCAGAAUCGUUCCUGGUUCCACCGACUGCCCAACACAUUCAAUAAACUUAGAGAUUAAAUAACAACUAUCAUUUUACUUCUUUCACACAAAUAACUUAGUUGUAUCAGUCAGGAUGCACAAACAAAAAGAUUCUGUUCAAAAUAUUUCAGGAAAUUAUUGGAUCUGUCUAAACUUUAUUUCAUAAACAUACACAAUGUCUUUGUUUUUUUUAUCAGGCAAAAGCUAUGAACUUCUGAAAUUUAAACCUCUCUUUGACUCUUGCUGUUUCUCUAUAGUUGGCUACAUCAAACAAACCUACAGACCCUACAGAACCAGAACCAAACAUGAAGGGGAGCAUUCAGUUUUCAUGUUCCUCUAAUCAGGAACUACCCUCCAGAAACACUAAGAUCCUUUAACUCAAGGAUAAAAACCCAAACGGCUCGGCUGCUUUUGACUGAUAAUACCUGGAACAUUGAUCCAUAUAUCUGAUGUACAUUUCAUGUCAACGAUCCUUGAUUUUGAUUAUGCUAUUUGGAAAAAUAUAAUGUUUGUUGGUUGUUUGCUGUUGCCAACAUAAUUAGUGUGUCAUGUUUUGAUCAUGUAAAGCAGUGGCCCCCAGGCCCCGUCCUCAGGGCUCACAGAGGACAUGUUUCAGAUGCGUCAUUCUCCAGCACAACUCAGUGUCCCCCUUUGCCUGCCUGUAAAAACCUGGUAAUCACCCAUUCAUUCAUGCCAGGUGUGCAGCAGCAGGUCGGUGCCCCAUCAGGUUCUCAGAGCUCUGAUGCAAACGACUUUGAACUGCAUUGCUGCUGAAAUGUGCUACGCAAAUAAACUUGACUUUUACACAUUCACUGUUAAUGGAUGCAGAUUGUAUGAAUGGGAAGUGGUUUUAUUUCAAACAUUUAAGUCAACCUCAGACCUAAAGUGCAAUAAUCCCCAAGUGUUUAUUAAAAUAUCAUUUUAAACACAGUGAGAUAAUUCAUAUUUACAAUGCAGCUUUUUAACAGUGUUGCACCAAACACAAAUACAAAAAUGAUGAAAUAUGAUGAUUAUUGUUGAUGUCAGAAGUAUUCUCUCUUCCACACUGGAAAAUACACCUCGUCUGGAGCUUCGUCAGCUAGGAGAAAAAAAAGAGACAAACAUUAUAUCAUAGAACAUGAAAAAGCCUCAGCCAGUUCUGGAGAACAGAACAGCGAAUAACUUAUGAAACAACGUCAGAAAACAAGC